GUAGUGGACAUGGCACUAGACAUGGGUGGCAAACUAAUGAUUGAAUAGGACAAUCUAGAGUGAUCAAAUCAGCCUUUUCCUUCUACACAUCUCAACCUCUUUCUAUACAGUUGGCCACUCAAUUUCUCGAUAGAACAACAGUUCUCAAUUCUCAUUGGCCUCAGCCUCUGCAUCUGUAUCUCGGUAGAAAUGAAUACAUUGAAAUCUUCAUUCUUAUUAGCAUCAAUGGUGAUGCUAUUUAGGUUAUCAGGGUGUGAUAACUCCAAGGACAAAGAAGCAUGUGCAGAGUCAUUGGUGGGAUUAGCAACAUGUUUGCCUUAUGUUGGAGGAACUGCAAAAUCCCCAACACCAGAUUGCUGCAAUGGUCUCAAGCAGCUUCUUAAGACCAACAAAAAGUGUCUGUGUGUGGUUAUUAAGGAUAGAAAUGAUCCUGAUUUGGGCCUCAAUAUUAAUGUCACACUUGCUUUGUCUCUCCCUCAUGUUUGUAAUGCUCCGGCUAAUAUUUCCCAGUGCCCCGCUCUCCUCAACUUGCCCCCAAAUUCACCAGAUGCUCAGGUUUUUUACCAACUUGAUAAAAAUAGCAGCAGUGUUGCUGGAGCGGUUUCUCCCAAUCCAAGCAGUGCCCCUGCCGGAGCUCCGACGUCUCAGCCGAAAAGCGGUGGUUGUGACAAAGGGCUGCUUCUUGCGGGAUUACUUUUACUGCCGGCAUUGCUGCUCUCAUCAUCGUUGCUGUAAAGUAAAAACACGACAAAAUUCUACUAUUACACUUUGAAACUAAACUAAGUACCAUGUUUUUUGUUCAAGUUUGCAUUCACGGGAUUUGUCUUUGUAAAUGCUAAUGUCCAUAAUUUUCUUUGUUAAUAAAGUGAUUCAUCUUUUCGAAUUUA